CUUAAGUUCAUCAAAUUUUUAUUCAUUUUAAUAAAAAUAAUCUUAGAUAUGUAAUUUAUUGUUUUAUGGAUUGUGUUCAAGAUCCUGGAGAUUUAUUCUCCACAAAAUUGAUUAGUUCUGGAAAAGGCAAUGGAAUCAUAUUACUUAAGGAUUUAAAGGCUAGUGAGUCUAAAUUACAAGAUAAACCGAUAUUCUCAUACACACAUUAUUAUUCAAGAAAAUCAGCCAUAUGUUGUUCUAACUGUUUUAUGAACAUCGGAUCAUUGGUCGAAAAUUUGAACCAUGUUCUUAAAAUGGAGGGGAAAUACGUCAGCCCCGAACUAGAGGCUAAAAUUAACUCAUUCAAGCAUCAAUUUCCUAAAAUUGAAGGUGUAAAAGUUAUGAAGUGCAAUUCAAAUUGUGAUUUUAUUUUCUGCAGUAAGGAAUGUUUAGAGGCGGCAUCUGGUACACAUGAUACCCUCUGUAAACUCAUGAAGGAUGAAGAAAAGGAAACAUGGCGGUUAUUUGAAAGAUAUGCCUUGAAGACCCAUGAGAAUUUUUACUUUGCUGGUUUAAUUUACAUAAAUAUACUGUAUGACUCUAUUUAUCGUAACAAGCCGAUUAAAGAGUGGAUAACUAAACUAAAUGAAUUUUGGAGUAUACCAUGGGACAAACUUUCAACUUUUGACUCUAAUUCAACAAACCCACUGGACAUAGCUUCAGAAUCCUUCAAUAUUCUUGAAACAUGCCUUAAAAGAUUUAAGAACAUGGCAAUCGAAAACGGAGAAGAUGUUGAAAGCCUUUUCUCUGUAGGCUUUUAUCUCGGGCUUCUGGGUAUAAUGGACCUGGUUUGUGUUGAUAUCGAGAUACAAAAUCCUUUAAAUGAUUUACUUUACAACUUGUUAAAGGACGAUAAGGGGAAAGAACUAGUUUAUAUGUUGUCGAAGGAUUUGAUAGAUGUGUAUAAAAUAAUCAGAGGAGUAGAAGAGGUGCCUAAGGAUUUGAAUCAACUAAUAGAAUCGAAGGAAUUGUUUCCAGAUAUAAUAGGGUUGGGACUCUUCAAUUUUAUCUCAAAGAUGAACCAUUCGUGUGCACCAAACUUAGAGGUGGAUUAUGGAAAAAACAACAUAGCAAAUAUAAUCCCGUUGUGUGAUAUAAGGGAAGGAGAUGAGGCAACAAUAUCAUAUAUUGAUGAAAAUGAUUCUUUUGAAAAUCGUCAAGAGAAAUUACUCAAAAAUUAUGGUUUCGUGUGUGAAUGCACAAAAUGUACAUUAGAAGGCUCAAAUAAUAAUUUGGAAAUGAAAAGCUAA